UCAGAGUAAGGGCUCUAGAAUGUGAAUCCUAGAAAACCAAACUGCAGAUAGGUCUUAAUUAACUACACACAGAAGUUUCCCUUGAAUCCAAAAAGUCCAAGUGUCGCAAUUGUAUAUCUAGUCAUACAGUAUACAGCAAAAACAAAUCUGUGUGUUCUGAUAAACCCAUCUUGUUCGAAUACACACAAAUACCGGGUAACACAGACCUUCUUUCUACUAGAUCAACUGCAAUGCUUUUUUAGCAAGCAAACACAAGCAAAGACCUUCUGCUGUACACGAUGCUUGCACAUGCAUUGCCAAAUGUAGCAAAGCGGAUGAGUAGGUAGCAUUGGUUCACUAGAUUGGCUUGCUUCAACCACCAUACUGAAUCUUCAAAGAAAGUUUUGUGUCACAGAUUGAAACCUAAGACAGUGCCAUUUCUCUAUCUUCUGUUUUGCAGGCUGCCUACCCUGGUGGCUACCCCCCUCAGCCGUACCCCACUGGGUACCCUCCUCAACAGUAUCCCAUGGGGUACCCCACUCAGCCUUACCCCACCUCCCACCUCCCUCCUCCUCCUCCUGGUGGAUUCUAUACGUCUCCAGUAACCCCUGCGGUCAGAGUUUUGUUCAUAUCUCUGAGUUGAUGUUUACUUCAAAAUUCUGUCUUGAAAAGAUCGCUUAUCAUGCUUUCCAAACUAAACAUAUCAGUUAUUAACCCUAUACAGUGAACCCCCCCUGAAAUGAGGACACCUCUCUAUAUACAUUUCCCCCCUACAACAGUUUAUUGCAACCCCCCAAAAGGACACAUCUCUCGAUAAUAAGGACACUUAACUCUAUACCAUUGGUGUCUGGUGGAUUAGAGACAGAGAUAGCUUUUAAGUCACAUUGACAUUUAAUAACCUUUCCUGUGAAUAGCCUUUCAAUACCACAAGUAUAUAGGGGGGGGUCACUGUAAUGAGAGUCAACUGUUAAAAAAUGACAUGGUACUCCUAACGUAUUCCAUUGUCUUUCCAUUGUCGAGUCUAACCCCUAUAUAGCCCUGUCGCUUAUCGUUAAAAUUUAAGAACCUUUUUAGGACAAUAUCUAUAAUUAUUGUAUCAUGUAAAACUGCACUUGAAAAUCCAUGAUGAAAGUUAGCAGCCAAUCCAGUUUCCAGUCAUUUAAUUUCAAUUAUUAAUUGUAGGGGUACCCUGGCUACCCUCCUCCUGUACCCACGUCUCCACACCAUGUACCACACGGAGACAGCCUGACCUCUAAGGAUGGCAGCAGCGAACACAAGAAGAAGACCAAGAAGGGGGAAAAGAAGCACCACAAAAAGGAGAAGGAGGGGAAGGAGGUGGGCAAAGAGGAGGGGCUCAAAGUGGACGUUGGUCCACUCAAGUUCAAAGUGCCAAAGGUCAACACUGACAGGCUCAAGAAACCGUCUCCUGACAAGAGGAAGAAGAAAGUUGACCACACAAAGAAGAAGAAAAGACAUUCAAGCAGCAGUAGUAGCAGUAGUAGUAGCAGUAGCAGCUCGGAUUCCGACUAGCUACAGUUCAAAUUUUCCUCCUGAUGGCAUAUAGAUGAGUGUUUGACUAUGUAGCAAUGGUGUUUUAGCGUGAAAAAUAUUAUUUGUGCCCGGCCUCUCUAAAAUGUUUAUCGUUUGACCUUUAUCCUUGUCGGAGAGGCGUCUUUUAGAAGCGUGGAAGAUGGCGUUCCGGUGGAAGGCGGUUUGCCUGGUGGUGCUGGCCGUGCUGAGCCCGUGUUGCUGGGCAAGAGACUUCACCUUCACUUUCAGGAUAGGUGCCGGCCGCUCCGAGUGUUUCUACGACUACAUUCACGAAGGAGCCUUCCUAGAAAUAGAGUACCAGGUGAUAGAUGGAGGAAAUCUGGACAUCAAUUUUGUGGUGUCUGACCCGGAGAGACACCCUGUGGUGAUGGAGCCUCGCAGCAUGGACGGUCUCCACGGACUGGACGUCAAGAAGACUGGAGAGUACGAGAUCUGCCUCGACAACUCCUUUAGCAGCUUGUCCGGUAAUGCUCCUCUAGCAGCAUGUCCGAAAAAGCUGAACACCAUAGGAGACAAGCUGAACAAAGUGACGACGCAUCAGCACUUCUUCAAGGCCAGAGAAUCGCGUCACAGGCACACGGUCGAGAGCAGCCAUGUCCGCGUGUUCUGGUGGUCUUUCCUCGAGAUCAGUGUUAUCGUCACUGUGGGAAUCCUGCAGGUGGGAGGGAAACAGAGAUUUAAUGGAGAGUGGUUCAGAAUGUAUGAGGGAGGGAGGGAGGGAGGGAGGGGGGGAGAGAGGGAGGAGAGAGGAAGGGAGGGAGGGAGGGAGGGGGAAAAUACAGAAGGGGAAGGGCUAAAAGUAUUUGUGAUUCGAAGUCUGUUCAAGACAACACGGAAGGACAAAAUUAGGACAUAG